AAGCAUUUAUUUAAUAUUAUUUUUAAUUAAAAACAGUAUUAUAUAAAACACUAAAAUGUCAUGUGGAGGUCAUUCCAUCUUCUUCGUAUCUGGCUGCCUAUUCCUCCUCACGGCCCUUAUACUGGACGUUAUAGGUGUGGCUGCGCCAUAUUGGAUAUAUGGUGAAACAAGUGGCCUGAAAGUAAAUGCAGGUCUCUGGAAAGAGUGUGCCACUGCCGAUAUCUUUGGCCAAAAAAUUUCCAAAUGCACUGAGUAUGGCGAGGGUCCAGUUUUAGAUUGGCUUAAAGCAGUUCGAGCAUUUGGGCUGCUUGGGAUUUUCAUCUCGACCAUUGCUAUUAUUUCGGCCAUCCUUAAGAUACGUUUAAAGGACAGAGUCUUUGUGUUGAUCAUCGCGAUCAUCUUGUCCUUUAUAAGCGCUGUGUGCACCAUUGUGUCCAUUGCAGUUUAUGCAGGAAAAUACCAUGAAUUGGAAAAAGACGACAGUUUUGUCAAGUUCAGCUUUGCAUUUGCAUUCUGCGCAGUUUCCAUUGUUCUCUCGGUUAUUGCAGGGAUUUGUUUGAUUAUUGAAUUAGCGAAGAGAUCUUCGUACGCGUCAAUUGUUGGGCGCUGAGAAAAACGUCAAUUUAAGUCUGCCAUAGUAAAAAAAAAAUAGAACUCAAUGUUUUUUCAUAUUAAUACCGUGUUUUUUUUUUUUAAAACAGAAAUUAUGUUUACUUAGAACCUUGGUAUAACAGAUGUUAAGAAUGUUGAUGUAUCUGUUAAGCUAUAGGAAUUAGAGCAAUGAAUGCAUUUGUCACAACCUUUAUCUAUAUAUGAUCCUUUAUCUAUACAUGUAUAUCUUUAUAAUAAAGAAUAGUUACUUCCAUUCAUAUAUCGACUCGAUAUAUCCUUAAGAGUUUGAAAUAAAAGAUACUACAGAGUUUGA